UGCUCUCCGGCUGCAUCCCCACACACACCGCGCAGCAGGCAGCAUCCCGUGCGCCAUCACACCGUCCACACACACCACUGACGCCAAGGUUGCACGGUUGCACUCAGACAGCAUCACACCGAACUGACAGGAUCCCCCACGGUGAGUCAUCAUGGGGAAAGAGAAGCUCCACAUCAACAUUGUGGUCAUAGGUCACGUUGACUCUGGCAAGUCCACCACCACCGGCCACCUCAUCUACAAGUGUGGGGGCAUUGACAAGAGAACCAUCGAGAAGUUUGAGAAGGAAGCCGCCGAGAUGGGGAAGGGCUCUUUCAAAUAUGCCUGGGUUCUGGACAAGCUGAAGGCAGAGCGCGAGCGCGGCAUCACCAUUGACAUCUCCCUGUGGAAGUUUGAGACCAGCAAGUACUACGUCACCAUCAUCGAUGCCCCGGGACACAGGGACUUCAUCAAGAACAUGAUCACUGGAACUUCCCAGGCAGACUGUGCGGUGCUGAUCGUGGCUGCAGGCGUGGGUGAGUUUGAAGCCGGCAUCUCAAAGAACGGACAGACUCGUGAGCACGCCCUGCUGGCCUACACGCUGGGAGUGAAGCAGCUCAUUGUGGGCGUCAACAAGAUGGACUCCACCGAGCCCAACUACAGCCAGAAACGCUACGAGGAGAUCGUGAAGGAAGUCAGCACUUACAUCAAGAAGAUCGGCUACAACCCCGACACUGUGGCCUUUGUGCCCAUCUCUGGCUGGAAUGGGGACAACAUGUUGGAGGCCAGCCCUAAUAUGACCUGGUUCAAGGGCUGGAAGAUCAACCGUAAGGAUGGCAACGCCUCAGGCACCACCCUGCUGGAGGCUCUAGAUGCCAUCCAGCCUCCCACCCGCCCCACCGACAAGCCCCUCCGCCUGCCUCUGCAAGACGUCUACAAGAUCGGAGGUAUUGGUACAGUUCCAGUGGGCCGGGUGGAAACUGGGAUCCUGAGGCCUGGGGUGGUGGUGACCUUUGCUCCUGUCAACGUGACCACUGAGGUCAAGUCUGUGGAGAUGCACCAUGAGGCCCUGACCGAGGCACUGCCUGGGGACAAUGUGGGCUUCAAUGUCAAGAACGUGUCAGUUAAGGAUAUUCGCCGUGGCAACGUGGCCGGAGACAGCAAGAACGACCCGCCACAGGAAGCAGCCAGCUUCACCUCCCAGGUGAUUAUUCUGAACCACCCUGGUCAGAUCAGUGCUGGCUAUGCCCCGGUGCUGGACUGUCACACUGCCCACAUUGCAUGCAAGUUUGCCGAGCUUAAGGAGAAGAUUGACCGCCGCUCUGGUAAAAAGCUGGAAGACAACCCCAAGUCCCUCAAGUCCGGGGAUGCUGCCAUCGUGGAUAUGAUCCCUGGCAAACCGAUGUGUGUGGAGAGCUUCUCUGAGUACCCACCGCUGGGCCGGUUUGCAGUGCGUGACAUGCGUCAGACAGUGGCAGUGGGGGUGAUUAAGGGCGUGGAAAAGAAAACUCCAACCAGCGGCAAGAUCACCAAGUCUGCCCAGAAGGCGCAGAAGGGCAAAUGAACGUUGUGCUGGGCUGCUGCCCCGAACGCUCGACAUGGCCAGAGACGCACAAUCAUCCCACCCCUUCUGUACACCAUAGUCAGUGUAUGGUCUAUUAUCACAAUGCAUCGCAAAAGCAGACGAAGGAAAAAAAAUGCUACCAUACUCCGUUAGCAGUUAAACUGUAUUGUUUUAUGUAGGUUUUAUUGUCAUUUGGUUUGUUUUGUGGCAGAAAACUUCAAGUUAGCAUUACAGUUACACUUGUAUGUUGUAGUUUGAUUUGGGCUGCUUUUUUUUUUUUUUUUAAUCCAGCCAGCAUAUUUAGCUGCUUAGCACCGUUAAUAAGGCAGCAAUGUUUUGCCAGCUCUGUGCUGAUGUAAUGCUCUGUGUUCUUGCUUUUAAAGAGAAAUGCUUACUAGACAGAGGUAGACUGGCUGCAUGCAUGUUCCCUGUUUGCACCUUAGAGAAACAAGCUUCUCUGUUUCUGAAACCUAAAAUCAUUAUGCCUAGCACUUUGCUUGACUAAAGCUCCGUUGCAGUAGCAUUAGUAAAUGUUAUAGUUACUGUGUAGUUCCAGCACUUUAAUCAAUGUAAUUUGUGAACACAUCUUCAUAACAUUAAAGAUGUUGAAACUUG